GUUUUGUGGUGCAGAUGCGGUCGCCGAAGAAUAUGCCGACAGGGUUUGUUGAGGUGAACGGGAACGGACGGGUGGACGACAUGGAAGGGAAGACGGAAAAUCUUCUGACUGCAAACUCAAGGAGAAGUGUAUCGCCGAAAUGUUCGCCAAGCAGCUAACGAAUUUCUUCAAGGGCUCGAGAACCAUCGCCUUGGCCAGGGAACUGCUGAUGCGGCUAAAGAUCAGCAAUGACGAUGAGCGUAGCAUAAUCCGGGGGCGCGGCGGAUUCGAAAUGGACUCCGAGAGCGUUGAAACGCUGGACGAGGAAGAGGUGGACGUGGAUACAGAAUGCCUUCCGGUCCUGCCAAAAAAAUCAUCCGCGAACGUACGUGUAGCGCGACCUAACCGUAAUAAGCAGCGACUGUCGGUCCGGAAGUUCAAGAUUUCAAGUUCCUCAGCAGCUGUUCCACAGUGACAAGAACAAGAAGGAGGUGCUCAACGAACCAGGAAGAGUUAGCAGAAUGGGAGGCAGGAGGAGGCUGAAUGCGUCGCGGUUUGGAGAUUCGGGACCAGCUGCAGGAUUGCAACGAGUCGAUCAAAAAGCUGACCGU